UCCCAUUCGAGUUAAGUAAUCGAUGUGCCUGUUAAGCAGAUAACAAGAACAGCAGCAGAAAGCCCAUCUUUUUCUCUUCGGAAACCAGAGGUUUUGCCCAAGGAAACACUUUCCUUUGCUUUAUAAAACCCUCUCAGUUCCUUCUCCAUGGCUGAAGCAAGGUCUGUAGCCGUUGUUAACGUUGACGUUCAUAAGGCAAAGGAUCUCAUUCAUUCUGGCCAUCGUUACAUAGACGUUAGGACCACAGAAGAAUUUAGUAGAGGUCAUGUAGAUGUUGAAAACAUUUUGAACAUUCCUUACUUGUUUUUCACUCCAGAAGGGAGGUCGAAGAAUCCCCAAUUUCUGGAACAGGUUUCAUCUGCUUGCAGCAAAGAUGAUCUUCUCGUAGUGAGCUGCCAAAGUGGGGCCAGAUCACUUCUUGCAGCCACAGAUCUUCACAGCGCAGGUUUCAAGCAUGUGAACAACAUGGCUGGGGGAUAUGGAGCAUGGGUGGAGAAUGGUUUCGGUGUGAAGAAACCAGAAGAGAAGAAACCUGAAGUGAAGAAACCUGAAGUGAAGAAACCUGAAGAGCAGCUGUGAUGAAGCUCAAGCUUAUUUGAUUUUACUUUUAGUAAAGAACCGUGAUAGAGCUGUAGCUAAUCUAGUUAGGACUUUCGGACGGGUAACUCACCCCUCCUCUUCUCUUUCUGUUUCCACUAUAAUAAAAGCUGUCUUGUAAUACUGGACGGGUACGGGUACGGGUACGGGUACGGGGUACCUCACCCCUCCUCUUCCACUCUCUCUCUCCUUUUAUAUUAUUAAAAAGCUCUGUUAUGAUACUCAACGUACAUGAACCUUUAUGUGCUCUUUAAGAGUUACCUUUCUUAAUAAAGGGUCUUUUAGAUUAAA